AUGAGCAACUGGGUGGACCUGCGUCCUCUGUCGGCAGGUGUGCUGUCCGCGUCGCAGUCUCCGCCGCGCCCGGGGCUCUACACAGCGCGCCACCGCGUGACGCAGGAGUUGGCGGCGCUCAAAGUGCUGGACCGGCGACUGCUGCGCCAGCGCGCCACGCGCCGCCGUCUGCGCCAGGAAGUGCGCGUGCUGCAGCUGGCGCGCGGCCACCAGAACCUGCUGCAGCUGCACGAGGCCAAGGCGGUGGGCGCGCGCGUGGAGCUGGCCUUCGAGCUGGCGCGCGGCGGCGAAGUGAUGCGCCGCCUGCGCUCGGAGCGAGACGCCAGUCGCGUCCUGCAGCAGGCGGCGCAGGGGCUGCAGUUCCUGCACGAGCGAGGCGUCAUCCACGGGGAGGUGAGGCCCGAGCACCUGCUCUUCAGCGACGACGAGCCGGACGCGCGCGUGCUGCUGGCGGCGUUCGGGCGCGCGGCUCCGUGGCGGUCUCUGACGCUGCGCUGCCGCCCCAAGACGAGGGGGUUUGUGUGGGACGACGUGCAUCACGUGCGCUUCGUGCCGCCGUUUCUCCUGCGACGGAAGAACGGGCUCAAGUGGACAGAAGUGGUCGCGGAGGACGAAGGAGGACGCUUGGUGACCAACUGGAGAGAGGCGCAGCAGAGCGACGUCUGGGCGCUGGGGGUCACGCUCUACGUGAUGCUGUGCGGCUGCUUCCCGUUCAGUGGUGGGGAUGUACGGGAGGACAACGUGGCGGACAUUGAGCGCCGCGUGCUGCAGGACAAGUUGACGUUCCCCGAGGACGGCGCACUGCUGAGUCGGGCGGCGAGAGAUCUGCUGCGUCGGCUGCUGGAGAAGGAUGCGGACGCUGCGAUGAGUAUCGACGAGGUGGCAGCGCACCCGUGGCUCAAUGGGGGUGUGGCGCCGGCUGUGAGCUGGAGCGCCGACAUGCUGGCGCAACACGAAGCGUUCACUGCACGAUACGAUGAAGAGGUGGCUGCUGUCGCGUACCGACCGUCGCUGUCAAUGAUCUCCACUUCCAACGUCCUGAGUGGACCUGAAAACCAAAACGAGGCGCCUCUGAGCGGAGCCAGUACGUUGGGAACCUAUGACGCCCCGCGCAGCAGUUUUGGUGUCGGCGGCGCGAUCUUGAAGCGUGACACUCUGGAGGUGGAAGCGGAAGAAGAGAAUGCGCGCCCGUCCUUUAUGUCUACGCACGGCACCCAGCUGCAACUCGAUGAAAAAGCGCAGCAAGAGCGUCCAAGUGCCGACUGCUUCAUGCGCCUCGCCAGCCUUGAGAUAGGAGGCAACAACGUCAACAGGAACAGCGAUGACGAGGACGUUGUAGCCGACCCAGGCACAGUCAGUCCUGCACUCGACGGACCCAGUACUCCUGCAGUUGAUGCGAGGCAUCCCGUGGAUCGACAAAAGUCGCUCGACAAGCUGUGGCAAGUACUGCUGCGUCAGCGUCGCUUCUUCUCCUCCAAGUCGCUCAGUAGCGGCUCUAGCAACGACAGAUCAUGA